UUCACUUAGGACCCUCCGGAGUGAACAUGGUGCUGUGGCUGCUUGGGGCAGCGCUGCUGGCUCGAGCGGCAGGCUUCUACCUGCCGGGUCUGGCGCCCGUCAGCUUCUGUGAGCCGGGGAAAGACCAAGUUCCAGACUGCAAGUUUCUACGGUGGCCCUGAGAGCUCAACGAACAGCAACUUAAGAAAACACAUGCAAGUUGACAAAACACAAGCAAAUCCACCAUUGACCUUUUUGUGAACAGGCUGGAUUCAGUGGAGUCUGUCCUGCCUUAUGAAUAUACUGCGUUUGACUUCUGCUCAAUGAAAACAGUGAAGCGUCCAUCAGAGAAUUUGGGCCAGGUUCUUUUUGGAGAGAGAAUCGAACCCUCGCCAUACAAGUUUGAGUUUAAGAAACCUGCAGUGUGUCAGAAGGUGUGUACCAAAACCUACGAUACAACAAACCCAUCAGACAAAGCCAAACUGGACUUCCUCAAGAAGGGCAUGUUACUCAACUACCAGCAUCACUGGAUUGUGGAUAACAUGCCAAUCACCUGGUGCUAUGAUGUUGAAGAUGGACAGAAGUUCUGUAAUCCUGGUUUCCCUAUUGGCUGCUAUGUCACAGAAGCAGGUCAUUCCAAAGAUGCCUGCGUGGUCAAUACUAACUUUAAAGAAAGGGAUGCAUUUUACAUCUUUAACCAUGUGGACGUCACCAUCCAUUACCAUGUUGUUGAGCAUGAACAACUCGGAGCCCGGUUGGUUUCUGCCAAGAUUGAACCCAAAAGUUAUGAAAACCCUAAUGAUGACAGUCCUGAUUGUUCUGGAGAGCCAAAGUUCCUGAAAAACAAAUACUCAGGAAUGUUUAAAAUCCAAUACACCUAUUCUGUCAACUUUAUGGAAGACAAGAAUAUUCGCUGGGCAUCUAGAUGGGACUACAUCCUGGAGUCCAUGCCUCACACCAACAUCCAGUGGUUCAGCAUCAUGAACUCGUUGGUGAUUGUAUUGUUCCUGUCUGGAAUGGUAGCAAUGAUCAUGCUGAGGACUCUGCAUAAAGAUAUUGCCAGAUACAAUCAGAUGGACUCUGUGGAGGAUGCACAGGAAGAGUUUGGAUGGAAGUUGGUACAUGGAGAUGUUUUCCGACCUCCCAGGAAGGGGAUGCUGCUGUCGGUUUUCCUUGGUUCUGGCACCCAGAUCUUCAUUAUGACCUUUGUCACCCUUUUCUUUGCCUGUCUCGGGUUCCUCUCUCCGGCAAACCGUGGAGCUUUGAUGACGUGUGCUGUUGUUCUCUGGGUCCUUCUUGGAACUCCUGCUGGAUAUGUGGCAGCCCGCCUCUACAAAUCGUUUGGAGGUGAGAAGUGGAAGACCAAUGUUUUGCUGACAGCCUUCCUCUGUCCCGGGGUGGUGUUUGCUGAUUUCUUUGUGAUGAACUUGAUUCUGUGGGGAGAAGGGUCUUCAGCAGCCAUGCCCUUUGGGACCCUGGUAGCCAUAUUGGCUCUAUGGUUCUGUAUUUCCGUGCCACUCACAUUCAUAGGUGCAUACUUUGGCUUCAAGAGAACAGGUAUUGAGCAUCCAGUUCGGACGAAUCAGAUUCCUCGUCAAAUCCCAGAGCAGUCAUUCUACACAAAGGCGGUCCCUGGUAUCGUCAUGGGAGGAAUUCUGCCUUUUGGAUGCAUUUUUAUUCAACUCUUCUUCAUCCUAAACUCAAUCUGGUCCCAUCAGAUGUACUACAUGUUUGGCUUCCUUUUCCUUGUCUUCAUCAUCCUGGUCAUCACCUGCUCUGAGGCCACCAUCCUGCUCUGCUAUUUCCACCUGUGUGCUGAGGACUACCACUGGCAGUGGCGUUCCUUCCUUACCAGUGGUUUUACUGCUGUCUAUUUCCUGAUCUAUGCCAUUCAUUACUUCUUCUCAAAGCUGCAAAUCACUGGACAGGCCAGCACCUUCCUGUAUUUUGGAUACACCAUGAUCAUGGCUCUCAUCUUUUUCUUAUUCACUGGUGCAAUUGGCUUCUUUGCCUGUUUCUGGUUUGUUACCAAGAUCUACAGUGUGGUCAAAGUGGACUGAAGAAGCAUCCAGAGACACAGCACACUGUAUUUGGCUGGAUGUGGUUUCCUCUCGUCAACAUUUGGUGAUGUCAAACUGAACUGAACAUUGCAAUCUGAACUUCCUCCUGGUUUAAUUCCUUCUGUCAAACGUGACUCUGCCUCAGAGACAUGACAGUUUGCUUUGUUUUGUGUGCCUCAAAUGUUUGUGUGAGUAUGUGUACACUGGGUUGUCAUUUUGUACAUACAGUAUCUGUCUGCAUAUAAUCUGAAUGAAAUGAAUCCUACCUGACACAUGAACAGAUGCAGUGCACAAUGAGCCACAGCUGGAGUGUCCAGCUCUCAUGUCGUGCAUUUUAGAUUUCUUUCAUGAUCGCUGCACUUUGUUUGCAGACAAAUAGAUGAUCUGCUACGUUCUCAGACCCGAUGUGUUAAAGUGAUGCACAGGUGUAAAAUGUGCCCUUUUCCUAUUUUAAAUGAUAUACUUUCUUGAUUUGUGUGCAGUACAUCUUUAAUGAAGUCUGUUAUCUGAGUCUCA